AUGGGUCAGGACGAUGCGAGCUCCCUCCGACCCGAUGGCGGCCCUAUGCGGCCCAAAGAUGCGAAGACGAGCCUGCAGUCCGAACCCACGACAGCGAUAUCGUCGGUGGAUAUCCAGACUCUCUCCUUCCCCGACGGUUCCCGGGGCACAUUUUCCACCCCGGGCACGCGAGCCGUGUCCACGCCCCUCUCACGCGGCAGUGGCAGCGGCAGCGGCCAUGCCACACCCGCCCGAAGCCAGUCGGGCGGCGAGGAGAUGAUGGCGCGAGCGUCAUGA